AAAGCAGGGAUGUCUAUUUAAAAAGGGGAGUGGGCAGUGAGGGAACAGAUUGUGAAGCAGACAGGGACGGAGACACUGGCUCUUUCUCUCUCUCUCUCUCUCUCUCACUGAUAGUCCAGGAGCUGCAGGUUUUACAACUUUUUCCAGCAGAGAACUUUGAAAACUGUAUUUGCAAUUUUGCAAAAAGAGUGUUUUUAAAAGGAAGGAGAAAAUAAAGGGCAAUUUGAAAACUUUUGUUUGGAUGCAAAGUUUUGGAGAAGUUUUUGGAAAGUUGGCGAAUACUUUUGUUGUGUUGUUUGCUGUGCGUUCAGGAGGUUUGGUGCCUGUCUCUGGGAGUUGCUGGGACUGGUCAUGUUAUUGUGGGCUCUCUUGCUGUUCUCCCUGGCUCUGUACAGCCGAUGCCAGGCACUGGGGCCGAUGGUGAACUGUGAGCCGUGUGAUGAGAAGACAGAGUCCCUGUGCCAGGCACAGCCUGUGGGUUGCCAGCUGGUAAAGGAACCAGGCUGCGGUUGCUGUCUGACCUGUGCCCUGACCGAGGGCCACAGCUGCGGCGUCUACACCGAGAUCUGCGGCACCGGCCUCAAGUGCCUGCCCAAACCGGACGAGGAGAAGCCGCUCCAUGCCCUGCUGCACGGCCGUGGGAUCUGCCUGCCGGCCAGGAGUUACCGACACAGCCAGGAGGAGGCAGCCGCUGCCCCGCCGCCAGUGAAGGAGCCUCCUGAGAGUGAGCAGACGAUUUCUCUGGACACAGCUGAGGAAGGUUACAGUUCCAAUCCACUGCCCAAAAAGCACAGUCGCUUGUCCAACCAGAAGGUGGAAGCAUUGAAGAAAGAUCGUAAGAAGAGGCUGCAUAUUUCCAAAAUCAUUUCCUCCUCUGAGAACAUGUCCCACGACCGACGUCUCCCUGGUCACAAGCACGAAUCAGAACUUGGUCCAUGCCGCCGACAAAUGGAAGUGGUGCUGCAAAAUCUGAAGAAAGCUGCCUACCUGAGUCCACAUGAGGUUUAUAUUCCGAACUGUGACCGUAAAGGCCUGUACAAAAGGAAACAGUGCAAGCCCUCGAAGGGGAAACGGCGGGGCCUAUGCUGGUGUGUGAAUAAGUAUGGAUUGAAGUUACCUGGCUCUGAUUUCAAGCACAGUGACUUUCAGUGUCACAGCUUUGAGAGCGACUGAUGUCGUUGUGUUUUUUUAAAACCCGCAGCACCACGUCUGGCUCCUCUCUAACCAACUGAGCAUCUACUCGCCAGCUGGUUGGCUGACUACAGACUGUAAACUUUUUGGCAGUGAGUGCAUCAAAGUAUAAUAAUUUAAACAAAAAUUGUAUGUUAUGAUUUUUCGGGGCAUCGGAUUGGUUGAACCUGCGUGAGCUUCUGUUUUUUGGCUUUUCAAUCUCUACCAAAGAAACACGUUUCGAUUCUGAUUGGUUUUGGAAAGAAAAUGCUGGAGGAUGGGGCACUUGUGUCGUGUUUUUAAACCACGUGCCCUUUUUUAUCACGAUUUAAGGAGAUCUUCACCCAUCCAAGAAAUGCACUUAAAGAAAGCUCCUGGACCUUCAUCCCGAUUUUUCACAAGAUGCUACAAUCCAACACAUCCAUCCUAUUGAGCUGCAGAGAUCUGGAUUGGAUGAGGGACUGGGGACAUCCAUUAUCUAGAGUGACCUCCUCCUUACUUUCAUCUGAUGGCCUGCAGGAGCUGGGGGCAGG